AUGGAAUGGCUAUUAAUUGCAGGUUUGCAGGUAAUCGAUCGAGGUAGAGACACGAGGUGCGUCGAGGGAUCACGGCGGAUCGGUCGGGCGGCGGGCGGUGUGCGUGACGGAUCAUGGCGGCGCGGGGGGGCGCCCCGCCGCCCUCGUUAAACGCGCCCGCCGGAUAUGCGCCCGGCGCGGUUGAAAGCUAUCCGGCCCCCGAGCGGGCGGAGCGCGCGAUUGGCCGCCGGGCUCCGCGCGCAGUAACCGAUAGCCAAUCGUGAGCGCGGCCGUAUAACGCCCCCGGCGCCUCCGAGCCGCCGGCUCACACCGCGCGCGACUCCGCCGCGCACACUCGCACCGAUGCGCGGCUCCUGGGACGAGUCCACGACGGCGGCGCUGCACGCGCGCAUCCUGGACGCGCACCGCGGGCCCGCGGCCGACCGCGCCGCCGAGCCGGCCGCCUGCGCCGAGCCCGCGCCCGCGCUCGCGCUCAACGCCAUCGAGCUGGCCGCGCCGACGCCGCUGCUGCCGCUGCCGACCCUCUCCUUCAGCGCUGCACAGGUCGCCACCGUAUGCGAGACCCUCGAGGAAAGUGGCGACGUCGAACGACUCGCCAGGUUCCUCUGGUCUCUGCCCGUCGCACAUCCCAAUGUCGCCGAGUUGGAACGCUGCGAGGCAGUGCUGCGAGCUAGAGCAGUGGUAGCAUUUCAUGCGGGGAGACACCGCGAGCUGUAUUCGAUACUCGAGCGGCAUCGCUUCCAACGUUCGAGCCACGCUAAGUUGCAAGCACUAUGGCUCGAAGCACAUUAUCAAGAAGCUGAGAGACUUCGAGGACGGCCUCUGGGACCCGUAGACAAAUAUCGAGUCCGCAAGAAGUUCCCUCUACCGCGCACCAUAUGGGACGGCGAGCAGAAGACGCAUUGUUUUAAGGAGCGGACGAGAUCGCUUCUAAGAGAAUGGUACUUGCAAGAUCCUUAUCCGAAUCCGACGAAAAAGAGGGAAUUGGCGGCGGCGACGGGUUUGACGCCGACGCAAGUGGGGAAUUGGUUUAAGAACCGACGGCAGCGGGACCGAGCGGCGGCCGCAAAGAACCGCUCCGCGUUGCUGGGCCGAGGGUUCGCGUCGUCCUCGACUUACGACGAGGAUUCUGCCGACUCGGAGAUCAAUGUGGACGAGGAGUAGCACGAGCACCGGCCACAGAGACUGAUAGUGUAAAUAUUAUCACGGUGAUAAGAUUUUUAUACGGCGUGAUGUUGGCGUUUCGACGCGGUUCACACGUUGCAGAGACGAUUCUAGUGGCGUACAAACGAUGCAAUAUAGACGAGAAGUUAUCUUAUUAUUCUAGUUAGAGUCACAGAUCCGUGAUUUAUGUGAUGUUAAGGCAUUGUAAACCAGUUUGUUAAGGGCAUAAUUGUAUUGUUAAAAGUGUAAAGCGAGUGCUUGAAGUAAUAUCAGCAUUUCUUCGUAUCAGGUAUGUACUACUCUAUUUUGUAGUCACAGAAAUAAUUACUAGACUCUUGCCUUUAAAAGUAGGUCUUCGGGAUUAGUUGGAAAUUUUGAUGCAAUGGUUAGGAAAGUACAGUUCGAAGGUAACACAGGGUUAUUAUUUUAUUGUUUCUAAUCUCGUAUACAAUCAUGCACCCCAUGGUUUACCUAAUUGUUAAGUGUAGUUUAUUUAUUUCAUUUCCAAUUGGAAUAAUUGAUACGUUUAGAAAAGUUUUAUGAUUUUUUUAAAGAGAAGCAUUUACUUUAAAUAUUUAUACACGCUAUUAAUAUUUUACCACUAAACAUAGUCUCAUAUCACUUUUAGUUGUAUCUACGUUAGUUGUCAGUAAUGUACAUAAUUAUGUUGAUGAACUAGAAUUCGUAUGUACCUAUAUUGAAGGCUAAUGAAGGUUUGUACCUGAACAAGAAACACUUUCUUCUUCUGCGAAUUAUAUUUACCUAACUGUCUAUUUAUAGGUAUCUAUGAAUUAUUUAUUUCCAUUAAAGCAGCUGCUUGCAACAAACUCUAAAUGCUGUAGACAUAUCCGUUUAUUAUCAUCUGCUUAGUAAUUGCUUAUAUUAGAUUCAAUUAGGUAAUAUUAAAACCGCAAGUCAAUUUUUAUUCUGUAACAUUUUCAAUUACAUUUCUAGCAAUAUAAUUGUAUAAAAUUAGAUAAGAUUCAUUAUUGGAUUCAAGAUUUACACAGUGUUUUAAAUUAAGCAGAACAUGUUUAUUAUUUAUAUCAAUAUUUCUAUACGUAGAGUUAUUUUUUAUGUCUACAGCUGAUUCUAUAGUAUAAACUUUGACUUCAACUCGGAAGUUAUAAUUUUCUAUAAGUUGAUCCUUACCGAUAUUUAUUCCUACAAUAGGACAAUUGUAUUUAUUUUCCAUUAUUUAGAUAUUAUUGAAUUUUUAUUUAUAUCUUGUAGAUUAUAUACAAAAUCUUGUGCAUUAUGGCUACCUACCUAAUAAAAUGCUAAAUGGAUGAUUUAGGAUGCGUAUGUUAGGACUAGAGAUUCAUGAGAGAAUUGUAAAAAUGUAUAAUAUAAAUGCAAAUUGUAAAUACAAUAUCGACUUACAUUACAGUCAUUAAAUUAAAAUUGUUAAUAAAAUUAUAUUC